CCUUUUUAGGUAUUUCUCCAACUCAAGGGACAAGUUUCCCUUUAAUUUUGGGACCCUUAUUGCUUUUUCUUGCUUUUGGCUCCCCUCACCAUUCAAACUUCUCCUAAUAAUCUUUUCAUCUACCAUUUGUUCCUCUUCUUCUUCUUUAGCUUCUCUAUCUUUCUCUCCUGCAAAAACAUCCAUCAUUAUAAUUAAAUUAUCUCAGUUUAAUUCCUAUUCUUGUACAUAAAUUAUCAAAGGGAAUUAAACAAAACCCGUUUUCUCCUACUAAAUUAUCUAUGGCACCCAACAAAUUUGCAACCAUGUUACAUAGAAGAACAAACAAAAUCACUAGAGUUCUUAUCUAUGCUUUUCUUGAAUGGACUUUAAUCUUUCUCCUUCUCUUAAACUCUCUAUUCUCUUACUUUAUACUUAAAUUCGCGCUAUAUUUCGGCCUUAAACCCCCUUGUUUCUUAUGUUCAAGGCUUGAUCAUUUCUUAGACUCUCACAGGAAACCAACCUUUUCUUCCUACUCAGAUAUCAUCUGUGAACAACAUGCUGCUGAGAUAUCUAAAAUUGGGUACUGCUCUAAUCAUCGAAAACUCGUGGAAUCGCAUAAUAUGUGUGAAAGUUGUUCAUCUUCAUCUUCUUCUUCAUCAUCAGAUGAUUCUGAGGUCUGUAAAUGGAUGACAGAUAUUGGUACAGUUAAAGCUAAUGAUGAUGAUGUUACAAAAAAGUGUUCUUGUUGUGAUGGUGUGCUGAUCAAAAUCAACCCAAUUAGCAAAGUUUCAUCCUCAGAAUUUGUCAUCAAAGAAAGGGAAUUGUUGGGUGGUUGUUUUUCAGAUCAAAAUGUGCAGAUAGGUUCUGAUCAGUCUGAUGAUCAUCAUCAACCCAAAUUCGGGUAUCAAAUUCUGGAUGACGGUGCCGAAGAAGAUGAAGAUGAAGAAGACGACAACGUAGCUUUCCAACCAGAAAAGGAACCUCUCCUUGAUAAUAAUAAUACUACUAAUGAAAAAGAUGGUGAGAGUGAGGAAAUUAUCAGUGUUACAACUCAAAAUCUAUGCCCUGAUAUGCUGGCACAGCAUCUUGAGUUUUAUAUUGAUCAUGAUGAUUAUAGAUUAAUUCCAGUUGAGUUUUUGAAUGAUGAUUCAAUCAAACUUCUUGAGAGUAAAAUUGAGGAAGAUAAGAAAGAAGCUUCAUCAGGGUUUUCCAGGGAAUUCGAGCUGGUUUUCGAGGGAAAUGAGUUUGAUCUUCCUGGUUGUGAGGUUACUACUUCUAAGGAUUUGCCUAGUAUACAGGAAGAAGAGGAAACUGAGGUUGAGAAUUUACAAACUCACAAAGAUGAAGAAAAGAUGGUAGUUUUUGAGGGUACUGAAUUUCUUGCUGCAGGUUGUGAGACUGAGAGUUUACAAAAUCCUAAAGAUGACGAACAGAUGGACAAAUUUGAGCUUGUUUUUGAAGGAAAUGAACUCGUUUCUGGUUUCGAGUUAGAGAAUAUACUAGAAUUACCUAAAGAUGAGGAAAAAGUGGAUAAAUUUGAGUUGGUUUUUGAAGGAAAUGAGCUUGUUGCUGAUUCUGUCUGUGAGAAUUCAGAGAUUUCCAAAGGUGAGGAUUCAGAAAACUUUGAGCUGGUUUUUGAAGGAGAUGAACUCGUUGCUGGUUUCGAGUCAGAGAAUAUACAAUUACCUAAAGAAGAGGAAAAGAUAGACAAAUUUGAGUUGGUUUUUGAAGGAGGAAAUGUGCUUGUUGCUGAUUCUGUUUGUGAGAAUUCAGAGAUUUCAAAAGGUGAAGAUUCAGAAAACUUUGAGCAGAUUUUUGAAGGAGAUGAACAACUUGUUUCUGAAUGUGAUAUCAUUAAUGAAAAUUCACCUAAAGAAGAAGAGGAAACUGCAAUUGAGAAGCUGCAAGUUCGCGAAGAUGAGGAAGAACAAGAAGAUUCACUCAUUUUGCAACCCUUACAAGAGCAGGGAAAGGAUAGAGAAUUAGACAUUUCAGCAACAGUUGAGUCACCUCCUACUUCUUCAGUCUAUGAGGAGGAUAAUUCAUCUAAUUGGAAGACUGAUGAAACUGAUACUGAUGAAAAGGGUCAGAAUCCAACAGAGAAGCUGUUGUUCCAAGAAUACGAAGCAAAUCUUGCAUCACUCAUGAGAAGUUAUGAAACUGAAACUGAAGAAAACCAGAAUUCAACAGAUGAGCUAUUGACAGUAGUGGAUGAAUCCUCUACACCCUGCAAACAAGAAAAUCACACUUCUACUGACAAUGUAGUCUCUAAUGAUGCUGAAAUUAGUGAAAGAAGUCUAAAUUCAAAUGUGAAUAUGUGCAACAAUGAAGUUGAGGAAGAGAGAGUUUCUGAUGCACCAACAUCUUCUGAACAUGAUGCUGAAAUUAGUGAAAGAAGUCUAAAUUCUAAUGAAGUUGAGGAAGAUAGAGUUUUUGAUGCACCAACCUCUUCUGAAACCCUACACAACAAACUGCUGCUUCUUGAGAGAAGGGAAUCAGCAACGGAGGAAUCACUAGACGGGAUGAGUGAGCAAGGGAGUGCGGGGGAAACAAUGGAAAAGCUCAAACUAGACCUACUUUCCGAGAGAAAGACACUUAGAACAUUAUACAAAGAACUCGAGGAGGAAAGGAAUGCUUCAGCAAUCGCGGCUAACCAAACAAUGGCAAUGAUAACAAGAAUCCAAGAAGAAAAAGCAACAAUGCAGAUGGAAGCCUUACAGUACCAAAGAAUGAUGGAGGAACAGUCAGAGUAUGACCAGGAAGCAUUGCAGAUGAUGAACGAGCUCGUUGUGAAGAGGGAGAAAGAGAAGGUAGAGCUUGAAAAGGAGCUUGAAGUUUACAGAAAGAAGGUGAUGGAAUAUGAAGAAAGAGAGAGGUUGAGGAUAAUGUGUAGGAGAAGAAGCAGGAAUUCCUCUGCUUCUUGCAGUUAUGGUGAGGAAAGUGAUGAACAGUCGAUAGAUUUGAAUCACGAGGUUAAAGAACAAGAAGAAGAUGUUUGUGUUGGUGUUAGUCCAAAAAGUCAAGCAGAAAAUGGGCAUCUAGAUACACCAACAGAUGCAGUUGUAUGUUUACAGGACUCGUUAUCUGGGUUUGAAGAUGAGAGGCAGGCAAUUCUAGAACAGCUCAAGGUUUUAGAGGAGAAGCUUUUUACUUUAGCAGAGGAAGAAGAGGAACAUUAUGAGAACAUGAAACCAUUUGAGCAGUUUUAUGAAGAGAAUGGUAAAGAUUUUGACAGUAAUAAUGGAGUUGACAGUAACGGGUUUAUUCAUCAUCAUCAUAAUCAAGAUAGGAGGAAUGAUUCAAUGCCAAAGAAGCUUCUUCUUCCACUGUUUGAUGCAGCAGAUCAGUUGUCAGAUUCCCCAAACGGGGAGUUAAACGGGAAUGAAGAAGAUGAAUUUCAUUUAACAAAGUUCGAGUUGGAAAAGAAAAGGUUUGCAGUAGAAGAAGAAGUUGAUCAUGUAUAUGAGAGACUACAAGCACUUGAAGCUGAUAGGGAGUUCCUUAAACAUUGUAUUGGAUCAUUAAGGAAAGGUGACAAGGGUUUGGAUCUUUUGCAAGAGAUUCUGCAACAUCUACGCGAUUUGAAGAAUGUGGAAGUUCAAGCCAUGAAGAAUACAGAUCAGAAUACAGAUCAAUGUGCUUCAGUGUAAAAUCUUCCAUGACACAUUACAGAUUCCAAUGUUCAUGGUUCAGUCUCAAUACUUGACCGGUCAAAAAGUCUCGUUAUAAGGAAUCUAAAGAUACGACCAAAUGUCGUCUAGAAUUCAGUGACGGACCCCUCCUAGAAGGAGAAGGGGAGGUUCCGAGCAGGCAAACAAGAAAACAUCAAGGUUUGCUGACCCCAAUUUUUUUUUUCUUUCAUUCUUUGUUGUUUGUCCAAAGUAAGUGUAAAAAUCCCAAAUAUUUGUGGGGUUAGUCUUUUUCUUCUUGCCCAUCACCUCCUUUUUGAGGGAAAAGGAAAUGAUGGAUCUCAAGUGUGUGUAGGAUAGUGGAAGUACUCAAAGCACAACCUGUCAUUUUGUAUUUGUUUUGUGAGCAAAAAAAAAAAGGCUACAUCUUAGGAUUAGGAAUUUAGCUGUAUUUAUUCUUCAUUUUUGUUUUGUAUCAGAGAUUUUGUGGAGUCAGUUGGUUCAUUUGAUCAUCACAUGGGUUAUUGAUCAAAUCUUUUGGAGUAAAGUUAGUCUACCUGUAUAUUAAUUUAAUGUAAUGAAUCUAUUCUCUGUAAAGUAUGUAAAGUGAGUGUUUGUUUA